AAACGGGAGCCGGCCUCGUGACGUAGGUACCUAAACUGGAGCUGGGAGGUGCCUAAUCUAAUAGAACCCACCACUCUGACAAAGCACUGGGGGAACAGGACUGAGACAGACAGACAGACCCAGAUUUAUUUGGCCAAAACGCCACACACUCGGCAAUUCUGCAAGGAGCCAAGGGAGGAGAGGCCAUGGCGGGCAACCUCUCUGAGCUGGAGGAGGCCCUCCUGACGCUGGUGAGGAACUACGACAAAUAUGCCGAGAAGUCCUUUUUCCUCAGAUACUUUUUUGGGAAACAGGGCAAGAUCAGCAAGGAGAAUUUCGGGAAGAUGCUCAACGAGGAGCUCAGCCACGUGCUGUCGAACACCGACAGCAAGACUGCCGCCCAAGAAAUGUUUGCUGACAUGGAUUUGGACGAGGAUGGGAAGAUGAGCUUUGAUGAAUAUUGGAGGCUGAUCGGUGGCAUCAUCAACCAACUUUUGCACGUGAAGCAACAGGUUCAGGAGCGUGACGGAUGAUGGAGAAUGAGAGCCCGCAGGAGAGAACAUGUCAGCUGCUCCCCCCCCC